AUGCCAACAGUAUUAUCCAGUCGUGAAUCAGCAAAGAAAAUAGUAAUCGGAGUUUGUACGAUGAAAAGAAAAGCAACAAGCAAACCGAUGCAAGAAAUCAUGGCAAAAAUAGUUGAAUACUACGGGAAUUGGCUUGAGUUUGUGAUAUUUCCUGAAGAGGUAAUAUUGAAAGAGCCUGUUGAACGAUGGCCGCUGUGUGAUUGUUUGAUCAGUUUCCACGCAGCUGAUUUUCCCUUGCAUAAAGCUAUCGAAUAUGAACGUUUAAGGCAUCCAUAUGUUAUUAAUGACCUACAUAGACAGUAUGAUCUAUUAGAUCGGCGCAAAGUUUUCAAAGCUUUAGCUCACGCAGGUAUUGAGCAUCCUCGUCAUGGUGUUCUCUUACGUGACAAGGAAGGAAAAGUUGAAGGGACGUUGAAGGAAUUUAGCGAUCAUAUCGAGGUCAAUGGAAUGAUGUUCAACAAACCAUUUGUGGAGAAGCCGUUGUCUGCUGAAGAUCAUAAUGUAUACAUCUAUUAUCCAAGUUCCGUUGGUGGUGGCUCACAACGUUUGUUCAGAAAGAUAAACAAUCGUAGCAGUUGGUAUUCUCCCGUAAGCACAGUUCGUCGAGAAGGUUCUUACAUUUACGAAGAUUUCAUACCAGCAGAUGGCACUGAUGUUAAGGUUUAUGCCGUGGGUCCGUAUUAUGCUCAUGCAGAAGCUAGGAAAGCGCCUGGAUUGGAUGGAAAAGUUGAACGUGAUUCUCAUGGAAAAGAAGUUCGUUAUCCAGUUAUUUUGAGUAGCAAGGAAAAGCUGAUCGCAAGAAAAGUAGUUAUGGCGUUUGGGCAAACUGUUUGUGGCUUCGACUUGUUGCGUGCAAAUGGCAAAUCUUUCGUGUGUGAUGUUAAUGGAUUUUCAUUUGUUAAAAGUUCAACAAAGUAUUAUGAGGACACGGCCAAGAUUCUAGGAAAUACUAUAUUAAGGCGAUUGGCAUCAUCGAUGAGCAUACCAUGGCAAAUUCCAUAUCAGGAUGAUGACCCGCCUCUGGUUUCAACACCGAGUGGAAAAAUAAUGGAAUUACGGUGUGUCAUUGCCAUUAUUAGACAUGGUGAUCGAACUCCAAAACAGAAAAUGAAGAUUGUUGUAACGGAUCAGCGAUUCUUCGAUUUAUUCAAAAAGUAUAAUGGAUGCAAUAAAAAUGAAAUCAAAAUGAAACGGCCAAACCAACUUAUGGAAGUGCUUGAACUUGCUCGCGAAAUCCUUCAUGAGCAGCAAGGGCGUCGUAAUGAAUCAUUAAAAGAAAUGGAAUCUUGUGAAGAUAAUGACGGCAGUUCCUCUAAACUUGAAAGAGAUUUAGAACAAUGUGAAGAAGCAAUCAAAAAGUGGGAUCAAGUGCGUACUGUUCUUGAAAUGUAUGGUCAUUUUUCGGGUAUCAAUAGAAAAGUGCAGUUGAAAUAUUUGAAACCACGUGAAAUCAAAAGUUCUGAUGAUGAAGAAGUGCAUCAGCAGUCAGCACUUAUGCUUAUUCUAAAAUGGGGUGGAGAAUUGACUACUGCAGGUAAUUUACAGGCAGAAGCGCUUGGAAAGCUAUUUAGAACUUUGUAUCCUGGAAUCCGAAGAACCGAUGGUAAGAGUUGUCCAGAGGAUACGCAAGGUUUGGGAUUUCUUCGUCUCCAUAGUACCUACAGACACGAUUUGAAAAUUUAUGCAUCUGACGAAGGACGUGUACAGAUGACUGCAGCUGCUUUUGCUAAAGGUCUUUUGGCAUUGGAGGGUGAGCUUACACCAAUUUUAAUGCAAAUGGUUAAAUCAGCGAACACUGAUGGACUUUUGGACGAUGAUGUUAACGCGCGAGACUUUCAGCAGGAACUGAAAUGUUACCUUCAUUCAGCACUACAAGUAGAUCGUGACUGGACAGCAGAAGAUCAUGAAAAUUUAAACCCGUCAGGUAUUCGUUCUCUAACGAAUGCAAUGGAAUUUAUCAAAAAUCCUCGGAAAAUGUGUGAAGAAAUUGCAAGCUAUGUACAACAAAUGGUUGAAAUAAUUCAGUGGCAUAAAUGCAAUAAAUCAAAUCGGUCCUUGUAUUUGAAUGAAUCUUGGGACUUGGCAGAACGGCGUUGGGCUAAAGAAUUGCAAGAAUUCCGUCGAGUUAACAAAAAUGGUGAUGUAGAAUUCGACAUUUCUAAAAUUCCGGAUAUUUAUGAUAACAUCAAAUAUGAUAUGGAGCAUAAUCCGGAAUUAUGUAUUAAUAAUGAAGGCCAGUUUGAAAGAAUGUACUUAUGUGCAAAAAAUAUGGCGGAUAUCGUCGUUCCUCAGGAAUAUGGGAUUAGUGAAAACAGCAAAGUAAUCAUUGGACAACAUGUCUGCACUCCACUAUUAUGACACACAAACUCGUCUGGACCCAAGAGCGUCACAAGGAAUUGCUACACCAUUUCGACAUGUUCGCACUCGCCUUUAUUUUACGAGCGAGUCACACAUACAUACUAUAAUGAAUUUGAUAAAAUAUGGCGGCUUAUGCAAGGUAGAUGAUAAGAAGUGGCAACGUGCUAUGCACUUCCUGUCAUCAGUUACCGAAUAUAAUUAUAUGACGCAAGUGGUUUUGAUGGUGUACGAAGAUAGUCGGACAACAAGUACGAAACAAGGCACUGAUCGGUUUCAUAUCGAACUGUUGUUUUCACCAGGCCUUUAUCCUUGCUUUUUAACUGAAAAGGAAAGAAUCUAUGAAACGCGUUUUCCAAACUCAAGUGGUAAGCAGUCUUCAGGACCAAUAGGAACAAAAUCAAAGCUUUCGACUCGAAAUUGUACAACAUCAACUGCUUCAUUAUCAUCGGUGGAAAUUGCUGGUGGUGAAAAGGAUGUAACCAAUUCCGGAAAUUCGGCAUUUCCAGGAACUCUAAUUAACAAUGCUACAGACGGAAGCCAUUCAGAAAGUAGCUCAUCCACCAGCCUCAAUAAUCUUACUGUUGGGAAAGCUUCUGCUCAAGCUUUAGCACUUACCAAGAAGCGUCUAGAACUGAACGAUUCAGAAGAUGACUUAAAUGAUGAAAGUGUCAAUUUGGUUGCACUGGACGAAGUUGCUUCCGGUCAAUACACAACAGAUGAAUUGGCUCGACAUAGUCCUGGGAGUCUGCAUCAUAGUCGACGGCGUGUUGCUGCAAACAGUGAAACUGGAGCAGACUCUCGAAGUUUUGCAGGGAGCUGCUCGUCAAUAAGCGAUUUGGAUAUGGAGACGUCGGCACAUGGUUCUUCAGCAGAAAGCCAUCUUGUUGGUUUAAUGAAAUCGAUGAGCGACAUGUCUUGCAAGAAAUCUACAGUGGACAUCAACAGGGAUUUUGUGAAUCCGGACGAUCCCGCAUCCGCUACUACUGAAGUGACUGUUGGUCCAAGAAAUGGGCGCAAUUCUCCCGGUUCUGCAUCACGUCGAUCGAGAUUUCCGUACUGCUUCAAGCAUCAUACAGUCAGCUUCUUAACAGAGCUGGAUAACCGCUUAAUUAGCACAGAUGUACUUUUUGGUAAAUCGAAUGAUUCAGCACGACGAAGAUUAUCCAACAGUCCGGCGGUUUUGUCUACCGCAGUAAUCGCGCGAUCGUCGAGUGCUCCACGAUUACAAACGUACAAAGCAGAAGAUGAGAUAUCUAAAUUCGCCGUUUCUGGCCUCCACUGCGUUCACUGGAAACAUUACACGAUAACAUACGUUUUAGUCAGUUGGAUCGUUUCCUUGAGCGAUUGA